GGAAUGAAGAGUAUUUACCGCUGUUGUUGCUAAAUGUUGGGAGGCAAAUUAAUAGCUAAAAUGGAAAAACCAGUGGUUACUAAUUAUCUACUAUUUUGUCAGCCAGCAGAAAAAUCGACCCUUUUGUCGUAUUUCUCAUUUUCACAUUCUCUCUGUCUCUCUCUUUCUUUCUCCCUUCUCAAGAAGCUCUGCAAUAUCUUUCGUAUUCCCCUGCAGGGAAAGAAAGGCUUUGUUUGUCUGGCUGCCUGCCUGAAGGGCUGGCUAGCCAGAAAGGGCAACACAAUAAUAAAUAUUUCCUGAUUAUCAAGAGUCAGAGGACGAGGUGGCCACAAAUUCUUCUGCAAUCUUGCUUUUUCUAUUUUACCGACACGACCACCCAGGUAACAAUCCACAUUGUUUCAGGAUAAGAAUAAGAGAGGAGCUGAAGAAGAAGUUACAAGGAGGGACUGACUUCUUUUACAACUUUAUCUCACCCCAAAGUUAACAGGUUAGAAGAUACAACAAGUUUGGGGCAAAAAUGGCUGCUGAAGAGGACAUUAUUUUUUCAGCUGCCAUCAACCUUAUGUCAGCAUUUGCAUUUCUUUUGGCGUUUGCAGUUCUGCGAAUUCAACCAGUUAACGAUAGAGUGUACUUCCCAAAAUGGUAUUUGAAGGGUACACGAGCAAGCCCAAGAAAAUGUGGACCUGUAGUCCGGAACUUUGUGAAUUUGGACAUAAGAACAUACAUAAGGUUCUUGAAUUGGAUGCCAGCGGCACUGCAUAUGCCACAGCCUGAACUUAUAGAUCAUGCAGGCCUUGAUUCCGCUGUGUAUAUUAGAAUUUACCUACUUGGGCUGAAAAUAUUUGUACCCAUUGCGCUUCUUGCUUUUGCCGUCUUAGUUCCUAUUAACUGGACUGGUGGAUCUCUGCAGCAUAUUGAGGGCAUAACAUUCAAUGACAUUGACAAAAUGUCAAUAUCAAAUAUUCCUUCAGGAUCACCUAAGUUAUGGGCACACAUAGCAAUGACUUAUUUAGCCUCAUUUUGGACCUUGUAUGCUCUAUACACAGAGUAUGGAAUUGUCUCUAGAUUGAGGCUGGAGUUUCUUGCUACUGAAAAGCGUCGGCCUGAUCAGUUCACGGUCCUUGUGAGGAAUGUUCCCCCGGAUAAUGAUGAAACGGUUAGCGAGCACGUUGAGCAUUUCUUCUGUGUAAACCAUCCAGAUAAUUACCUUCUGCACCAGGUUGUAUACAAUGCUAACAUGCUAGCAAGUCUGGUGGAGGAAAAGAAGAGUUUGCAGAAUUGGCUCACUUACUACCAGACAGUGUUUGAAAGAAAACCUUCCCAAAGACCAAAAACAAAGACAGGUUUCUGGGGCCUCUGGGGGGAAACUGUGGAUGCCAUUGACUAUUAUACAUCUGAAAUCAAAAAUUUGAGUGAAAGAGAAGCUGAAGAAAGAGAGAAGGUCUUAAGUGACCCUAAUGCCAUAAUUCCAGCAGCUUUUGUUUCAUUCAAAACCAGAUGGGGAGCAGCUGUGUGUGCCCAAACCCAGCAAUCAAACAAUCCCACCAUUUGGCUCACAGAAUGGGCACCUGAACCGCGAGACGUCUUUUGGAACAGUCUUGCCAUACCCUAUGUUGAACUCAACAUCCGAAAACUACUAAUGGCUGCGGCUUUCUUCUUUCUUACCUUCUUUUUCAUGAUUCCCAUUGCAUUUGUUCAGUCUCUCGCCAGCAUUGAGGGCAUAGAAAAGGUUUUCCCUUUCUUGACGCCAGUGAUAGAGAAGGAUGCUGUUAAGGCUUUUAUUCAGGGAUUUCUUCCUGGGAUGGUACUGAAGCUCUUUCUGGCCAAUGUUCCUAAAAUUCUUAUGGCCAUGAGCAAGGCAGAAGGCGUUACGUCACUUUCAUCUCUGGAGAGAAGCUCAGCUGCAAAAUACCAUUUGUUUUUACUUGUCAAUGUCUUCCUUGGAAGUAUUAUCGCAGGAGCUGCAUUUCAACAACUCGAUAAAUUUCUUAAUCAGGCACCAGCUGAAAUUCCAAAGACUAUAGGCGUAGCCAUUCCAAUUAAAGCCACCUUCUUUAUCUCCUUCAUAAUGGUGGAUGGUUGGGCUGCCAUUGCUGCAGAGAUUCUGAGAUUAUCUCCUCUCAUUAUGUUCCAUAUUAAGGAUGCAUUCUUGGUAAAGACAGAUAAGGACAGGCAGGAGGCUAUGGAUCCUGGUUCCAUAACUUUUUCCAUAGCAGAACCUCGCAUACAGCUUUACUUCUUACUGGGAUUAGUAUACGCCGUCAUCACACCUAUUAUCCUCCCUUUCAUAAUCGUCUUCUUCGCUCUCGCCUACUUGGUCUUCCGCCAUCAGAUCAUCAACGUGUACGACCAGAAGUACGAGAGCGGGGCGGGAUUCUGGCCGGACGUUCACCGUCGCAUAAUCAUCGGGUUGGUGAUAUCUCAGGUGCAGCUGAUGGGGCUGAUGAGCACCAAGAAUGUGGCCAAGUCAGGCCCAGUCAUUCUUGUUCUUCCGGUUCUAACAAUCUGGUUCCAUAAGUUCUGCACGGGGAGAUUCGAAUCCGCAUUUGUUAAGUUCCCAUUGCAGGAAGCCAAGAUUAAAGAUACAUUGGAGAAGGCAACAGAACCGAACCUGAACCUGAGAAUAUAUCUGGGUGAUGCUUAUGUGCACCCAGUUUUUAAGGGCAGGGGUCAAUUUGAGGCUCCAGUAUCAGUGGAUGAAGAGGAGAAUGAUCCUCUGGUGGCCACCAGGAGAAUUCCCAGAAGGGAAAUUGCUGCUCAAACCCCUAAUCCUAACUUGUUAUAAUAGAUAAAUACAUCGGGAGUGUUUGGUUAUUGGCUGAUCAUCCAUUUUACAGUUGGUUUGACCAAUUUUGACUGAUUGACUUGG